UGGGACAUGUGGGUUUUCCAUGCCUUCUUAAGUAGAACCCAAACCAGGCUUACAAGGGACUUUUCUCUCCACCCACCAUAGCUCAGAAUGCCAAGAAUGUGUUGCCUGGCAUUUGUGUUACAGUCUGUAAAGGCACCGUGGAAGAGAAACCAGCCCAGUGGUUUGAAGAGUUGACAUUGGGCAGCUGCUACUGCUUCUCGGGAGAUGGGCCUGGCUGCACCUCCCACUUUCUGAAUGCAGGCAACCAUCAAAAGAUGCUUUGUGCAUUGAGAGGCAGCUUCCAAAUAACACAGAAAGCAGAUUUGAAGGACUGUGCAGUGGACUACAUCGUGCUUGUCCUGUUGCUUCUAGAAAGGAUAAGUUACUGGUUUGGGACUGGAUGGGAUAGGAACACAUGGGCUGUUGUUUUGGUAUCCCCUUCCAGAGGAAGUUGGCGUGGUGGUUUACAGGUGAAGAGUCGUCCUCUUGCUCAUCAGUGCAGCCUACCUCCCUGGCCAGUUGGUACAGUUUACAACAACACUCAGAGGAAUCCCGAGAAAGAUGUUUCCAAGAGAAGAAGAUGGCAUCAGGUAAUCCCAGGGAACUGGAUCCAGGAAGUCAGCCUGCACAGAUAGGAGAGGGAAUUCUGGAAACUGAAUCCGUGUCAUUGGCUGUAGGGGAAGGGUUUCCAAAUGAGCUCCCCCUCUCAUUUACUGUCAAGAGUCGCUCUGGACGGGGCCUCAAUCCCCAGCUACAAGAAGCCACAAGAAAGAAGCUGUGGGCCCUGGAAAAUGAUGAUAAAGAUGUUUGUGCUCUUUUCAAGGAACUAUCAGCCAGGCUGGUGUGCAUCCAGGCUCAGGAAAACCGCUUUCUACUCUCCUUCAGGACUGUAGAAGAAAUAUGGAAGUUUUCAACAUAUCUAGCUCUUGGCUAUGUGGGUUGCAGCUUGGAGCAUCUUCUCUUCACUCCAGAUUACUGGCUGAACUGUGCUUUGGUGGAGGAUACUGAGAUCACUGUGACUGUUGAUGAAGACCUCAUGACCACCAUGUAUCUGGGUCUUUUGCUCCAGGAAGGAAACUUCUUUGCCAGGGCAACAUUCAAUGUCCAGGUAGAAGAAGAGGAUGAAGACCUAAAGCUUGAGAAAAAUGAGGUUGUCCAUGUGAAAGAUGUUGGUCAUGAAACAAAAUGGGAAGGAGCAUCUCUGUCAACUGAACAAAGGGGCCUGGUGCCUGUCACUGCCAUAGAGCCACUGGGCCACCCCUUUUACCAGUGGUUUCUGAAGAACUACCCAGUGAGCUGUGGAAUCUCCAACCAAAUCAGUGAAGCUGAUAUUUUACAGAUUGGCCAAGGGAAGUGUACGGCUAAAGAGGAUUACAGAGGGAAAGGAUGGGAUGAACUGAGCUUCUACAAAGGAGACAUCAUAGAGGCUGUUGGCUUUCUCAUUCCAGGCCUUCAGUGGUUUAUAGGAAAAUCAACAUCUACUGGAACAAUAGGCUUUGUUCAAAGCAAAUGUGUGAAUCCCGAGACUUAUGAUCCAAUGAGAAAGAGCCCGAUGUUUUUCAGUGAAGAAGAAGUCCACAACUUUUUGCAGGUUCCUUGCAAUGGUAAUGAGCUGCAUUACAGUAAUCUCCUCCAUGAGUGGGCAAAGACAGACAUUACCUCUGUGUACAGGCUUGAUGGCUUUGAACCUGUGGCCAUGUAUCCACAGACACCAUCACAUGCAGUUAUAGAGGGACUUAAAGAUGGCUGGAUGUUCGAGGGUUGGGGGAAGCAGUCUAGUAAUAGCUUGCCCACUCCUAGUGAUUCCGAACAGUCCAGUCCAGUGGGUGAAUCUUCACCUUCUAUCCUGGAACACUUACUUCUGCCAGAACCAGAUGACCUUGAUGAUCCCAAGUUCUUUAUUGACCUGAAUGCUGGCCACAUGGAAGACUCUGAUGUGUUUGACCCUAUACUGACUUUCCUCAACCAAGACAGUUAUGUGUCUCAUUUCCAAAGUCUCUAUGACCUCUCUUUUUCCUUCCUCAGUUCCACCUUCUAUGGCUUCUCCAGUGAGGAGGAGUUGGUCUUAUACCUGGAGACAUCCAGGAACUGGGCCAAAAGGGGCCAUCUUGAUUGGGCUCACAUUCGGAUAUGCUUUCUCUUGGGUCGGCUUUGUGUCAAGAGAGCCAAGUUCUCCCAAGCUCGAGUCUAUUUUGAAGAAGCCAUGAGCACAAUGGAUUGUGGAUUUGAAGACCUGCCCCUGCUCACUUCAUUGUAUAUCAACCUUGCUGCAAUUUACCUGAAGCAGAAGAUGAAGCAAAAGUUCUUGCCAAUGGUUGGGAAAGGAGUGGCCCUCCUGGCCUGCUUACCUGGACACUGCUUCAGUUCAGGCGUUGAACUAGAGGUGGUGGUGUAUAUCUUGAGGGAAGCCAUAAUUGUGGGCAACACUGCUUUGGAAGCUAGGGCUUGCCUCCUUGUCAUCAGGCUCCUCUUGCAACUGGGCAAGUAUGAGGAGGUCUUGCCUUUUGCAGAGCACUUGCAGUGUCUUUGUGCUAGUUUCUCCAGCCAGGACUCCACUGCUGCCUCCUUAGACACCAUGCCUAUUCUAACAUACCUGUAUGACAAGAAAUACUUGCCACAUCUUGCCUUGGCAUCUGCCAGGCUCUAUUCCCCCAGCAAUGUCAAAGGGUCACUGACUCCCAUUUGGAGAGCUGGCUUCAUUCUUGCUAAUUCCUCUAAGUUCUUUAAAGUCCAAGAGAAGAGCACCAUCAACACCCCUGCUUUGGCCUGCCUAUAUUUAAAGUAUGCAUUGGCCUUCUCCCAUGGAAGUGGAGCCGUGUCCACGGAAAAAGACCUCUGUGCAAUUUUAUCCAAAGUGUACCUCAAACAUGGGCUGCUGCAAGGAGCAGUGCAUUAUUCAAGCAGAGCUGUUGUUCUUGGGAAAGCAAUGGGUGAAGAAGAAGCAUUUGAAUCCUCCCUUUCCUUGGGGUGGAUGCAUGCAUUGAACUGCCAGCCAGAAAAAGCAGUGGAAAUCAUGUUGGACCUUUUGCAUUCUUUACAACAGACAGACAGCAUCACACAAGAUGGGGUGGUCCACAAUCUUUUAGCCAUUGCCCUUAAGGAAGAAGGGCAUGUGCAGAAGGCAGCAGAGAACUACUUAUGGGCCUUGAAUAAAGCCCGAGAGACUGGGAACAGGCGAAACCAAGCCAUUACUUUAGCCAACUUUGGGUGCUUGGCUGUUUCUCAUGGGGCGAACUGCCUAGCUGGACACUAUUUUCAGCAGGCCAUUCAGUUGUACUUUGAACUCCAGACUAGAGAUGACAUGCAGUUGGAGUUGGUUCAGGUUCUGCUGUGGCUGGCCCAAACACAGGUGGAGAGGCAUAUGGUGGAAGAGAGCAAACUGUUUUAUGAAUUGGCCUUGGCAGUCGCCUUGAAGACACGGAGUGUGAUGAGUCAACUUCAAGCAACUGAGUCCCUCUGCCAUUUCUAUAGUAAGGUGUGCCCAAAUUCUGGAGCCUCCAUUAUCUACCAUGAGCACCAAGUUCUCCUAUCUCAGCAACUCCAGGACAGAAAAAUGGAGGGACAGCUUCUGCAGUCUCUAAGCCAGCUCUACCAAAGUGUCAAUACUGCCAGAUCUUUGAAGCAGGCCUUGGACUGUACCAAGCAGAGUCUGAGGCUCUUCAUUGACAUGGAGGAAACGGUAAAGGCAGCACAGGCCUGGUUACAGGCUGGACGGCUCUACUAUCAAAUGCAAGAGGAUGAACUUGUGGAAAUGUAUCUGCAGGCAGCCAUAGAGUCAGCACUGAGACCCGAAGAGCUUCACCUGGCCAUGGAACUGUAUGAAGAAGCUGGUGAUGUCUUCUUCAAUGGAGUCCGGAACAGAGAGAGAGCAGUGGAAUAUUACAGGGGAGGAGCUGUACCUUUGGCUAGGAAGCUGAAGGCCUUGCAGACUGAGCUGAGGCUGUUCAACAAGCUGACAGAGCUGCAGAUUGGACUCCAGAAUUAUGAAAAUGCAUUGGAAUUUGCUACCUUGGCAGCCAGGCUCAGUGUGGAUGUAGGAGAUCAGUGGCAAGAAGUGGUGGCCUUCCAUCGCCUUGCAACUGCAUACUAUCUUCUGCAAAUGUAUGAAAUGGCUGAGGACUGCUAUCUGAGGACACUUUCUCUGCGCCCACCCUUGUUGCAAGGCAUUCAGGAAGCCAUGUAUUAUUCUAAGGUCUACUACCGCCUGGGAGACCUGACCCUGCACAAAUUAAAGGAUGAACAAGAUGCCACCAGCUAUUUCCUCUUGGCAUUGGCUGCUGCCACUGAGCUUGAUGACCGGUCUUGGCAGGACAGGAUUCAGGCUAGAUUGGUCCAAAUGCACAAUGCUUCUCCAUCCGAUAAGAGCCCAAGAGGAUGGACUACUUAUAGGGCCCGAUGGUUAAGUGAACGAAGGCAGGCUAUAUGACAGAUUGCAUCAUGGGACUGAAGGCCUCCUAAGAAGAGAAGCACUCAUCUUCUUACCUCACUCCAAGUUUUCAGAUACCUCCUAGAUCCAGAGGAAGGGGCAAGACCAGCUCCCAAAUGCUUCGGUGUUAUAAAUUCUUAUAUUCAGCGAUGAGAAAAAAAACUUUUGCCAGUUAGUAUCCUGGUAGGCUAAUAUGAAGUAGGCAAAAUGCCGGUCCACUUUAUUUUGGCUGCAGUUCCGAUGGUACCCCAUGCUAGUGUAACAAUUUGUUAUGCUGGAGUAAGGCAUCUUUUGGAGUGGUGCGUAGCAUUGUGUGAUAAAGAUGUUAUCAGAGAAAGCUGCUCUGACAUCUCCUUAGCAGUUUAGAAAUCGGUAGGUCAGGGUUAUUACCUAACUGACACAACCGAGAAUCUGAGGAAGUAGGUUUCUCUAUGACAACUUAUGCUACUGACCUCUUUCUCUAAGUCUCUAAGGUGCUAUAAGAUCCCUUUGUAUAACAGAGACAAGUGUUUUGCAAGCCUUAUCCAUCCCCAGCCUUCACUGCAGCACUUGUGCCCAUUUUACCCUUCUGCUACUGUGCCAUCAUCGUAAUGCCAGCUCACAAGAUCAUGGCCUUUUAUUAGCAGCUGUAACACCUACACAGAGAAGGCUUCAUUUGCCUAUAAAGAACUAGCUUUAUAGGUCAACAAUGUGCAGGCAUUCUGUAAAGUGUAAAUGAAUAAUGCAAGGUAGGAGGUAAGCAAAAAUGAUUUUGCUGGAAUACACUUUGGUGAGAUCUAAGAAGAUAUAUUAAUUCUGGAAAAAAUGUAUAAAUAGACUUUUCAGCUUGUACCUGUUCAGCUUCAGUGCCAAGAUGUAAUGUAUAGUUUCAGAUUAACGGGAAGCCUGAGAGGAGCAGAAAGCCUCUGAAAGAGAAGAAAUAUCACUGGCAGCGAAUGUGUCCCCCCCCCCCCCAUGUAUCUUUUAAGCAUAUCAUUUAUCUGUGUUUAUAUUCUGUCCGGGUUUUCCCUCACCAAUUUUGUUUCUGCUAUCAGAGAUGUUCCUGAGCUGUAUUAAGGCUAUGCAAAUAAUGAUAGCAUAAAAACCCCACAGAUUGCAAGAUAACAUUAAACAUGUGCUUAAUAUGGUCUCGGAGCAGGGAUGGGCAGAUAAUUUGGAGUGCAACUCUCAUCAAUCUUCACCAUAACUUAUAUUUGCUAAGAAAUUGUGGUCCUGCCUUAGGCUGGUUCCAGGCGAGUUUCAAUAAAUGCCCUCCAUGUCCUUCA